UCACAUUGAAACGGGCGUUUACAUGCAACUGUCAAGACUAUAUGAAAUAGUAGUGGAAUAAAAAUGAUUGAAACAAACGCAUCUGUUAAUAAUGCAAUGUGAAACGAUACGUGAGAAUUAAAAAUAAAUCACAGAUUUAAUGAGAUUAUUUGUACGCUAUGUGGAUACCAAAUCUUCCUCUGUGAGGUAAUAUUUUCACUUGAAAGACACCAUAAACAGCUAAAAUCCUAACGUACGGUGGAAGUAAAUUUUCCCUAAUCUUGAGAUUCUAAAAAUGAGAUUACAUCUUCUUGUUGCUGUCAUCUUCAUUUCCAUUCUGACAGUCAAGUCCCAAUACAAAUAUGACUGUCGAAGAAUGGAAGAUUGUAAAAAUGGAGGGAAGUGCACCGAGAAUGACUGCACGUGCGUCGGGACAUUUGGGGGACACGACUGUGGGUACGACACAGCUCAAGUCGAUGCGUGUACAGCUGAUCCAAAUCCAUGUCAGAAUGGCGGCGUAUGUUAUAACGAUGGCACUAGUGACCUCUGCUAUUGUGUUUAUGGGUUCUUCGGAAAGACGUGUGAAAAUAAAACGGUUGUAAUAGAUUGUGAGGGAAAUUCAGUUGAUUUUACUUUGGCGUUUCCCAUGGAUUUUGCUGGUACGGUAAAACUUGGUGACGAUCCAAAUUGCGCAAUGACUGAAAAGGAAGACAAGGAGUUGGGAAUGAAGACAUACUCUGUUAAAGUUGAUAUCUCAGAAAACGGGGCUGGGUGUAAUGUAACAAAUAUCGAAAAUGCCACUAAUCCUGAGACGGGUGCUACCGAGUUUUCGGGUUUAUUCGAAGUCAAUUACCUGCCGUUUGUGACAACCGGGCACGAUGAACUGUAUAACCUUACAUGUUCCCAUGAGAGUGCUGACAUCCAACUAUCACAAGCAUUCCCAAGCGUUGAUGUGGUUAAAGAGAAUUUGACUGUAUCAGAAUUUAACGAGACCUACAGUCCGGUAGAACUUGCAGUGUUGGAUGCCCAGGGUAAUCCAAUGGCGGCAGAUACUCAGUUGUUCGUUGGAGAUGUAUUCCAGCUGCAUGUUUAUCUGACGGAUGAACUAGCCUUCAACGAUGUUCUGAUCGAACGUUGCACAACCAACAACACUUUAAAAGAUGCUGACCAGAAAACAUUUGUAGUCUUGGACCGAGGAUGUCCUACAAAGUUAAGCAAACGGCUUACUAAAGGACAAGAGGUGAAAAUGUAUGAUACAACGUUACCUGAUGGGACACCUGUUCAGACCAAUGGGAAGAUUUUACCAAUUGAAGCGUUCAAAUUUGUUGAUUCCAGUCUUAUGGGUAUCGUCUGCUCUGUCAAAGUCUGCAAACCCGGUGAUUUAAAAUGUCAAGUGCCUACCAACUGUGAUGAAAUCAUGUAUCAAAAGCCACCCACUCCCACUGAGGCUGGAGGGGCAACAGAAAAGACUGCAGAAGUAACAGCAGUAAAACCACCAACAGAAACACCAACAGAAACACCAGCGGAAACACCUACUGAAACACCAGCUGUAAGAAGAAAGAGAAGAGCGGCUAACAAAAAUGCAGCUGAGGAGGAGAGUGUUGUAUCAACUGUUCUGACAGUGGUGGGGCCUAGUGACUAUCGAAGUAGCAGGCUAACUGCACCCGAGCAUGUCAAUACGUUGGAGAAAUGCUUGGCUCACGAAGAAAUAACGGCAGUAGUGGCGGUUCUUGGAACAGCCGUCUGUACGCUUCUAAUUGCGUGCUUCAUACUUUCAUGCCUUACAAUAAAGCGGAGAGCAAAGGAAUCGUCCUUCCAUACAAUGCCUCAACCCAACACAGAAAAGUUCCGAAUACCACGGGCACACAUAAAUGAUUCUUUCACUCUUGGAGACAUAUAGAAUAUUAUUUUGCUUUAUUUCUUUAUACAUAUUUUCAAUUUGAAAUAGUAUUCACGACAUGUUUAUUCUAACAAUUAUAUUGCAGCAUAAUAAUAUAUGUAUUCUUGUUAUCUUAUGUAUACGUGUAAACCAUGUGUAUUCUUAUUAAAUCAAAAUCAUACCAAUGUAUAGGACUUAUACGGUAUAUAUAUUUUCACAUUACAACACAUCAAGAGUUCGUGAUGACAUAGACUUCAGUAAGCCUGCAGUCACAAGCGCAUCAUAUAACAUUAUUUGGAAUGACCGCGAUCAUUCAGGAUCAUGUAUAUAUUUUUAUUAAAUCGUACUCAUAUCAAUGUAUUAAUGUAUCAAUGUAUAGGACGUACAUAUAAUAGAUUAAGAGUGUGAUUACUAGUAAUUGAUUAAUUAGACCGUCAUGUCAUAGACUUCCAUAAGCCUCUUGCCACAAUUGCUCUUACAGUCAUAAUUUUCAUUAGUACCCCCACCUUCAACUAAAAUAUACGGAAACUGAUGUAAAUGUUAUAAAUUUAUCUACCGAUUAUUGAAGUUAAAGGUAUGUAUACUUAAAAGAUACCAUGAAAUACUUUUAUAUUUAAACAAUGCUUGCGUCGGACAUAUUGACUGACAUCAAGCAGUUUAUCGUAAUCUUAAAACUUUUAACAAUUUACAGUUUUCUUAAAGACAUCAGUUCGAUUUUUACUGGAAAAGAUCGAAACAAACUGAAAAAGAAGUAUCACCACUUGUACCAUAUUUUUGUUUUUGCUUGUGGGAGAAAUGACUGGAGCGGAACAGUUGUGUUUCUAGCUAAAGCACAACCCUAUCAGUAAACCACUGGUUGAGUUAAAUCUGGCUAGAGACACAGCUGUGAUUGUAAUCAUUUACAAAAAUACAUUUGAACUUCUUGGUAAUAAUAUUAACAUGUAUUUUUCAAGAGCAUGUAGAAGUAAAUGCUCUUUGGCGUUUUGAACAUUAGAACAAAGUCAAUGUUAUUUAUGUGCUACCUAGGUUGUUGUUGUAAAAAGUGUGCUCCACAAUUUAGUUUCAGAAAGCGCAAUGGCCCUUUUUAAAUUAAGCUUUAAGUGUAGAACUCGUGCGUGUACUUAUAAUUUUGAAGUACUGUAAUAAAUUUUGGUGUGAACCUUAUUCGUGUCAGCAUAUGAAAGAUGUUUAUGUCUUGAAAACACAAAACUGUAUAUGUUUCCAUAUAAAGUUAACUGAUUAAAUAAUAAUGAUAAACGUUCGUGUUGUUUUUCAUCUACAAUUUAAUGAAAAUUUAAACAUAGAGGAAUGAACUUGUAUUUUACAAAAGAAUGUUUCCAACUGUUACUGUUCAGAUUUAUAAACAGAAAUUCUGUUACUAGAAACAGAAAAAAAACUUCUUCUAACCAUAUGUAGUAUGUAACUUAUCUGCUAUAAAUUAAAUUUUGAAAACAAAAUUGCUUUUUUGACAAUGUUUACAAGGUUAAUAGAUAUGGAUUAUUCCAAUUGACGUAUCUGUCUGACAUUUGAUCAUUUUCGACAUGACUGUUUGUAUUUCAUCUACUGUAGCUAUGGAUUGUUGAUAGUAUAUAAGAUUUCAAGAUUUUAUUCAAGAACUAGGCCCAUAUGGGCAUAUACAAAAUGUAUCAUGUAUAGAAAGCCGCAGUUAUCCCAUAGCUGUGACUAAGUGAAGUCUACUUUACAGAGUAUAAUAUUGUUAAAUUUCAACUUUAUCCUGUCGUACGGUUGUUCUAUGUUGUUCACUGACAUAUUAUUUUCAUCAGAUGUUAUCUAAAAUGAUGAAUGUUAGUGAUCGAAAAAUUAUUAAGCUUUUUCUUAACAUGAUAAAAUGUAAAUUGAUUUAGUAUGUUCAUUGAUGCAAUACCUCUCAGUUAUAGCGUAUAAUCAUAUCUUUAAUUCUAAACUGAAGUAAGCAAUUGUUUAGACAUCACUUUCAAACUUCUCUUUAGAGAUAUUUGGCAAAUCAAAAGUGAAGAUUCAGCUGCCUGAAUGCAAAAGCUUUGUGAACUGAGUCUAGGACAUCGGACAAUUUCAACGUAAUUGUUCUCAUGCCUUUAGUUAAAAUGCAUGUAAAACUGAGAUUAUGUUUUAAUUGUGAACAAAUGUUUGCGUUGUAUUUUAAAAGGGAGGUAACUAAAAUAAUUAAUUUUGUAAAGACUAUGGUUCUGCGAAAAUAUAUGCAAUUCUAACCCUUACCCUGCUAAAUUUCUAUAAUGAACUCGUCCAUCUUUCAAUUUGGACAGUACUAAUAACUGUUAAAAGGGGUGCAUACCAAAAAGAUACUGACUGAAUGGCGAACAGUGCAGAUCAUGAUAUGCACCCAGGCCGCAAAGGCAUAAACAAUCGUGUCCGGCAUGAUAAGGGCAAAUGUUCACAGGAAGUGGGUCUUGCGUAUAUUGCACAUUUUCCAUUGAGAAAAUAGUUGAGAGAAUAUAUUUUGAUUUAUAACAGCAAAACAAAGCCCAUUUUUGACAAAGGCAUAAUCAUGUUGAGCAGGGUUCGUUAUAGAUACUGAAACAUUCUAUUUUAACUAAUUGUGAAUCAUUUUCCCAGUCUCUAUCUAAAAUUGGUUCAGUGAUGGAAGUUGACUUUCAAAUAUCAUUUCAAUGUAACAGAUGUUUUGAAUGUUUGCCACUAGCAUAAGUUGAUUAAUUUGUAUUAGUUUGCUGGUGUUAAUAUGAGGGCCGGUCAAAGGUUUCUAGCAAAUCUUGACAGUGUACUGUUUGAUUGUUUCAUGUACGCUAAGAUUUACUUCUGCACAAUUGCUUCAAUAACAUAAUCUGCAUUCCUAACAAUUUUAAUUGUCGUAAUACACAUGAAAGAUACGUAAGGUGUUGCUGGACUUGUUUGCGCACCUCGGACAAUGCAUUAGUAGUAAUUCUCCGUGGAAUAUUUAAAGGCUCAUAAUGCCUUUGUUUGAAUAUGGCUGUCACAUUUUCCGCCAUGAAUACAAAAACUAUUAAUAUGUUGUUAAAUCCUAUUUUCGAUGACUAUUUUCUCUUAAAUUUCUCUUAAAGGUUUGAAUAUUAAUGAAUACUCGUACAGUAGAAAGUUUAUUUGAAUUUAUUGUUUUGGUUACCUCCCUUUGUUGCUCUAACUGUAAACGUUCAUGUACAAUAUUAAAAGUAACGGUUUACUGACCAUGUUAUUGUGCCCAUCAUCUAUUUGAACAGCUGCUUCAUUUGUUUUAGCAUAAAAUUUAAAGCCUCAUGGAACUUUAAUGUAAGCACAUGUUAAGAGAAGAAUUAAGACAGUUCUCAAACAUAUAUUGAUUGCAUGAAAGUUUGAUAGUUUUAAAGGCACGCAACAGGAAAGUGAAUUUGAGUAUCUGUUUUAUAUUAAAAUCCUAAUGAACACAAA